GAGAAUUCGUGUAAAAGCUUUUUUUUUAUUAUCACUGCUGCUGGGCUUGCAUUGAUCUUCAUCAACCGACACUAUUGUACAAUUCCAUGAGUUAUCGAAGGGAUCAUCGAGUCGUACGAUCUGCUCUCUUUGAUAACUAUGAUAGUAUUGAGGAAGGUGGUGUCAGGGCUUCACGUUCUUACUCACGUGACAUUGAUGAACAUGAUAAUGAUAAAGCUGUGGACAACUUACAAGAUAGAGUCAGCUUUUUAAAGAAGUUAACAGGUGACAUACACGAGGAAGUGGAAAGUCAUAAUCGAAUCCUAGACAAAAUGGGGAAUGAGAUGGAUUCAUCAAGAGGAAUCAUGUCAAGGACCAUGGACCGCUUCAAGAUUGUGUUUGAUAAGAAAGCUCACCGGAAAACGUGCAAGCUUGCUGGGUGGUUUGUGCUUUCCUUCUUAUUGAUAUACUAUGUUUUUAGGUAUCUCAUGUAUUUCGUGCACCUUUGAAAGUGUUGGUAGCCAACCUGCUAUAUGUCUGAGUUCAAAUGUGGCAUAUGAAGGUAGUAGGAGCACAACAUGGCGCCCAGUUGGCCAUUUCAACCACACGAGAAGUUUGGACAUGCUAUUUAUACCCCGUAUGGUUGAGAAGGUAUAUGGUACAUCCGGAUGUACCUAGAGAUAGGUACAUCCCGGUAGUACUCAUUCUGAAGUAAAGUAGUACUCACUCUCGUACAAAUAUAAACAUUCAUUUCGAAAUAUGUAGUUUCAUUCUGAAAUAAAGUAGUACUUAUUUU